CGCGGCUGACUGUCAAUGGUCGGUUUCCUUCUCCUUGGAGUCAGAGAGUCCAUGGUGGCCUUUCUCCAUUUUUGUUGGUGGUCGUAAUUUUUGUACCAUUUUCAUGGUUCUUGGUUUGCAAUUGCUUUUCCUUUGUGGGCAUGUGAACAUUUUGACUCUCGAGGCUUUUGUGGCGCCUUUUCUUUCUAGCAAAAUUUGAACGGGGGUGGUGUUCUUUUGGGGAGAUUAUCAAAGGGAGAGAAAUUGGUUUUGGGUUUUCCGGAUUAUCUUUUGUUUGUAUUGAGACUUUAGAGUUUAGAGGCGAAAUUCCAUAGCUUGAGAAGGUUUAGAAAGAGUGUUAUUUUCUCUUGUUUUUUUGUUUUUCUGGUUAUAAUCAAGUCGCGGGCAUUGGUUGCUAAUUGUUUGCCUUUAGAUGUUGAAGAAGAUUCAAGAAGUGGUUGUUUUCUUUGUUGCUUGUUUUUUUCUCUCUUCAGGUCUGCGGCUAGGUUCUUCAUGUCAACUGCAACCUUUCAUGCCAAGUAGAAGGCAACGGUCUUCCUGCUAAUAUGGAUGAAGCCAGCCUUCAGCACGUGCUCACCGCUGAUUCGGUUGUCUCCCGCACAGGAAGGACCCGGAGAUGUUGUGUCUCGGAGAACAGUGGGACAGGGGGUUCUUGUUUCACCGAGGGAUUUGCUUGGAUGAAGUUGUCUCGGCUGCCUCAGUUUGGUGACGAAACUGUUCCAUCUCGGUCGCAUUUCGUUGACGUGCCUCAUGUACGCCAGCUUUGUGCUUGGGAUUGUGGUCUUGCUUGUGUUUUGAUGGUUCUGAGAACUCUUGGGUUUGAAGACGGAGAUAUUCAUAGUCUCGCCGAGUUGUGCCGCACAACAAGCAUUUGGACAGUUGAUCUGGCACAUUUACUGCACAGGUUCUCUGUGAGAUUUUCUUUCCUUACUGUAACUCUUGGUGCAAAUCCAGAAUUUGCUGUGGAGACCUUCUACAAGGAGCAAUUGCCAGAUGAUACAAGUCGGGUUGAUAGCCUUUUUAAAAAUGCAACUCAAGCAGGAAUUAGCAUACAGUGCAGAUCCAUCAGUGGUGAAGAAAUCUCCAUCAUGGUACUUUCAGGAAGAUAUAUUGCAAUUGCCUUGGUUGACAAGCUCAAGCUAAGUCAUUCUUGGUUGGAAGACUUCUGUGGCUCAGGAUGCUGUGGUGGAACUUCUGGUUACAUAGGUCAUUACGUUGUGAUUUGUGGCUAUGACAUGGACACAGAUGAGUUUGAGAUCCGAGAUCCAGCUAGCUCAAGGAAGCAUGAAAGAGUCUCCCUAGAAUGCCUAGAACAAGCUCGUAAGUCUUUUGGCACAGAUGAAGAUAUUCUUUUGGUUUAUUUAGGGUGAACAGUUAAACUCUCCUGUGGAUGAGUUAUUUUAGUUAGAUAUCCUGUAUUUUUGUUGGGAUAGUCUGCAACAGUUCAUUCCAUCUGUCUACACGACCCAACACUCUGUACAGUCUGCUGUAAUGUACAUAUGAUGUAGUUUUUAUAUGAAAUAAAAGUAAUAAAGCUUAGGCUCUUGAGAUA